AUGGCUUCUCUGAGCGACCCGGCCUUCUCGAGCCAUGGGGACGUGCUCGACCUUCUUCACUCGACAGUGCUCUCGCCCAAAGGAUUGGGGACGCUCCUUGUCACAAUCGUCGUCAUAUUUCUCGUGAGCGAAGCAUACCAUGCCGACUUCCCUCGAAUCCAAGGCAUUCCCGAGGUUCCCUUUGCUCUACCCUUUAUUGGCCAUCUCUAUCGCCUGGGUGGCCGAGCUGGCCAGAAUGACAGUACCAUCUUCACCGAAUGGGGCAAGCAGCUCAAGUCUCCCGUCUUCCAAUGCCUCUUUGGCAACCAGAGGACCGUCAUCGUGUCGGACUGGGCCACCAUCCGGGAACUUUGGCUGAGACAGUCCAAUGCCCUGAUUGACCGACCUCACCAGCCUGGCUUUCUCGACAAGUUGGGCAUCGAUCUUACGGGAUCGUGUAUGACGGAUCAGAUUCGUAAAUGCAGGGCUGCUGGGAUGCGAGCAUUGGCCAAGCCAAAUUGGCCCAAAUACUAUCAUCUCCUCGAACCCUCUUCAGCCAAUUUCAUUGCUUCCGUGUACCAGAAAUCCGACAACGGACGCGCAGCGAUGGACACGUACGCCUUCCUCCGGCAGAUUGUAUUUGACCUGGCCUUGUCUCUGACCUACGGAGCGCGCUUUGGCGACGUUGACGACGAAUUCACGCUUGGGCUGAUCAAGUCGAUCAACACGAUUUCGGCGUUUCGCUCGACGACCCGCAAAUACCGGUUCUUCGUGCACAUUUCACGCCUGAUCCCCGAGCCGACCAGCCAGAUUGUGGCCGCGGAGAAGACGCGGCGAUGGCACCGCGACAUCCUGUACCAGCAGUACCAAGACCGCGUCGCUCGCGGCGAGACGGUCGACUGUAUCGUCACGUCGCUGACCCAGGAUGGGCUGACGACGGAGGAGAUCCACGGCACGUGUCUGGGGCUUCUGCAGGCCGCCCCGGACACGGUCGCGUCGGGCCUGUACCAGGCCAUGGCGUGGCUGUCGUCGCCCGAAGGCAAGCCGACGCAGGAAAGAGCGUUGCAGGCCAUCCUGGACGCCUACCACGGGGACCGCACCAAGGCAUGGAACAUGGCGUUCCGCGAAGAGCGCGUGCCUCUGAUCAGCUCCAUCAACAAGGAGACGCUGCGCUUCUACACGGUCACGCCGUAUGCGACGCCGCGCCGGACCACGCAGGAAGUGAAACUCCCAAAUGGCGUGACUCUGCCCAAGGGCAUCACGCUGGUCAUGAACGCCCAAGAGGCCAACCACGAAGAAGCCCACUACGGCGCCGACGCCUGGAAGUUCAACCCGGACCGCUUCAUCGACAGCAGCGAGGCUGUCGGCGCGGGACUGCCUCAUCUGACCUUUGGCGCGGGGAGCCGCAUCUGUCCCGCCGUCGCCAUCAGCAACAGGAUCAUCUGCGCCCUGCUGACCCGGCUGAUUCUGGCCUUUGAGAUGGACGGCAGCAGCCAGGAAGGCCGCAGUCCUAACGUCGACCCGCUGGACUUCUCCAAUGUCUACGAUCGUCUGGUCGCCCACCCGAGAUACUACGACUGUCACUACAAGGCCCGAGACCCGGCUUGGUUGGAGAGUGUUUUGAAGGAGGCUGAAAUGGAAGCCGCUUCCAACUGA